AUGCUUUCCUUCGUAGAAAGGGAAGAAAGCAUGAUAGAGAUGCUGGAAACCAUCAAAACUGAAGAUUCAAGCACUGUUUUCCAACUUAUUAAAGAUAAUUUCGAUCUUUCAGAUGAAAAUUACUUAUGGAUGCUCUGCAGGAACAUUUAUCAUGUAGCAUACGCUAACCCAAUGUAUAUUAGCGAAAUUGCUAAAUUCGCUUUACUAAUAAACAAUUCAUUAGAUGAUAAACUCAAAGAGUCGUACGAAGCUGGUCUCUCAAUCCCUAUUGUAAUUGUUAAUUACGACAAUCCUGAUGAUCCUGCACACUCUGAUAUAUACCCUGUUGUCUCCUCUCAUGAAUCUUUAUAUUUAUUCGGUAUACUCGCUCAUUACAAGAUUGUUAAGUUCACAGACCACUUGAACUCCGUAUUUAAACUAUUCCACGGUAAAAGUUCAUUCCAAAAGACUCCGAUUUUCAACGCAAUUAUUCCUUUACUUUGCAGUGUUGCGAAAACACUUGAUAGAGAGUGCCCAUACAUGAUGAAGCAGCUAAAAAGGUAUCUAGAGAAGAAGAAACCAGAAAUAUUAAACGAAUUAAAGGCAAUAUUAAAUACAGAAGGCGAAGAAGACAUUUUGAUUACUCCAUGCAUCAAAAGACCAUUUGAUACGAAAUCGCAGCUGUUUAUAUCAGAUGAAGCAUUACUACAGAUCGCAAUUAGUAAUGAUGACAGAGAAUACAUCCAAGAAUACUUUUCUAAUCCAACAAAGAGUACUUCCAUGGUUCUUAAAGCAUCAAUCAUCACUCCAAGUGACUUUUUAGUUCGUGAUGCCACAGUUUUACACUUUUGUGCAUUUUAUGGAGCGAUUGAUUGUUUCAAAUACUUGAUAAUGAGUGGUGCAGACAUCAAAGCCGUCGAAAGCAGUGAUGAACACUUCGGAUUGGACUUCUUCGCAACAGCGAGUGGAAAUCUCGAAAUUUACAGAAUUGCAGAACGAGAAUUCGGCGGAAAUCUUGCACAAUCAUUGUAUUCAUCAGUUUGUUUCUGGAAUAUCAACAUCACGAGAUGGUUAGUUGAGAAUAGAAAGACAACAUUUACGAGAGAUCUCCUUAUUGCUGCUGCUUCGACAAACAACAUAAAGAUUGUCCGAUUUCUGAUAAACAAAGGUGUUACAUUCUGGGGUGAUGAAAAUGAAGUUGAAGGAAAUGGAGAGUUUGAUGUUGAAGAUUUAAAUGUCAUCAAUGUCGAAGUCAGUGAAGAUUUUGAUGCAGAUGAUUUGGAUUCAUCUCCAUUAGAAAUUGCUGCUCAAUGGGACUGUUUCUCAAUUGUUAUUUUGUUCUGCCAAGCACUGUCAAUGAUGCCAAAAGAGUUGUUCAAGCGAACUUUCAUUACUGCUGUUGAAGCUUCUUCUUUGGAUAUAAUUAGAUACUUGGCAAAUCACUACUCUGAUUUAUGCACUGAAGAAUUGAUCACUGCUGCAUUAAAGAGUUCUAAAGAUAAUGACCUUGAAAAGUCAACAAAGAUUAUUCAAGAAUUAUUCCCUCAAUAUAUAGAAAAAUCUUAA